AUGACGAACGAUAACGCUACACACAAUGACCCCUCGCAUAAGGACAUUAAUGCAGAACAUUUUGCACGUCAACAACAAAUACUUACGCAGCUACUGGAACUACAGCGGCAACAAAUGACGUUAUCUGCCGCGACAACGAAUAACGCGGCAACGGUAGCUGUACCUAAUCCAUCGGUCCCGCCCCCACCGACUUUUUCUUAUAAAGCGGAAGAAUGGGCUGAAUGGAAAUGCAGCUUCUAUCGCUACAAACGCACCAUGUUAGUCAGCUGCUCCAGUGAGCAAACGGUCGAUUAUUUCAUCGGGCAUCUGGGUACUAAAGCGGAGAAAAUUCUAAAGUCAUUUCACCUUUCGACGGAAGAUCAAAAAAACUUCGCUAUCGUUUUAGAAAGAUUCGACGCAUAUUUCGGCGAAAGGAAAAAUUUAGUCUACGAAAGGGUCAAAUUUCUUCAAAGGGUGCAAGGUUCUGAUGAACCCUGCGAUAUAUUUAUAAGCGAUCUAACCGCUAUGGCCCAAACGUGCGAGUGGGCUCAAUUAGAAGGGGAGAUGAUCAAAUUGCGAAUUAUCGCGGGUUUGGCAGAUAGUCGGUUGUCGAUCCAAUUGCAAACAAGGCCAGAUGACAACGUAGACGAGGUAAUCAAACGCGUUAGGUUGGCAGAAUCACUCCGUAAACAACAAGCCGUAAUUCGGGCAAGCGCACCAGCUCCAGCCAAUGCGCCAACUCAAAGCGUAACGGAACCGGAAGAGGUUAGCGCCAUCUACCACAGCAGAGGUGCCAUACCAAAACAGAAACCCCAUAUGCAGCGACCAAAUCCCCACGUUAGGACAGCUGACUACAAAAAUGACACCAAAUCAUGUAGAAAAUGCGGCCUCAUUCCUCGCCACGCGUUUGCGUCGUGCCCUUCGAGAAACGACACUUGUAAAAAAUGCGGCAAAAUAGGACAUUGGUCCACUAGAUGCUUAUCUAAAGUAAACAAUAGACAAAACCCAAAGAUUGCGAGCGUAGAAACGGCACCAGAUGAGGAAGACAAUUUUUUUAUGGGAUCGAUCGACACGUCAAAACCCAAAAAACCGUGGCGCGCGAUCGUUAAUGUUAACGACACAAAUCUAGAUUUUAAAUUAGAUUGCGGCGCGGACGUUACGGUGAUAAGAUGGGACGAUCUCAAAAAAUUAAACAAAACAACACUCGUAGACGCACCAAAAUCACUUAUAUCAGCCUCGGGCGAUAAAAUCCAAAUUGUAGGAACGUUUGACGCAGAUCUCCGGUAUCGGAAUCGCAAAUCUCUCGAAAAAAUUUACGUGGCAAAGAAAUUGCGCGAGAAUUUAUUGGGCCGCGACGCGUUGGAAACAUUGGGCAUGCUAUCCUGGGCAAAUGUGGCGUCGAUAGCAGAGCAAUUUCCUACUUUGUUCGAAGGCAUAGGAAACUUAGGCAAAACGUACCACAUUAAAAUUAAAGAAAACGCUGUACCUUUCGCAAUAGCGGCAGCACGACGGGUACCGUUACAUCUACGCGACGCAGUUAAAAAGCAUCUCGACAAAUUAGAGAAUGAAAGCAUCAUAAGAAAGGUCAGUGUGGCAACAAACUGGUGUGCGCCUAUGGUCGUCGUACCCAAGAAAAACAACAGCGUUCGAAUAUGCGUCGAUUAUACUAUUCUCAAUAAAUCAGUACAAUCAGAACGCAUGAUUCUACCUGAGAUAUCCGAAUCCCUGGCUCUAAUUGAAGCAGAGGCGGAAUACUUCUCAAAGCUCGAUGCAGCAUCAGGAUUUUAUCACAUUCCUUUAGACACAAACUCUCAGUUAUUAACGACUUUUAUAACGCCAUUUGGACGCUACGCUUUUCAAAGGCUUCCGAUGGGCAUCACGUCAGCCACAGAACGCUUCCAAAGAGAGAUGAUGGAAACACUAGAAGGCCUAGAAGGCGUGGUCAACUUAGCGGACGACAUGCUAAUCUUCGGGAAAACCAAGGCAGAGCAUGACCAGCGUUUGGCCCAAGUAUUAGAGCGCUUGAAACAAAGAGGGUUAAGACUGAACAAGGAGAAGUGUGUCUUUGGAAAGAAAAAAGUGAAAUUCUUAGGUUACACGAUCUCCAAAGAAGGCGUGGGAAUCGAUGAAGACAAAGUCAAAGCCGUACUCGAGAUGCCAGCACCAAAGAAUGUCAGCGGCGUGAGACAACUGCUCGGCACAUUGCAAGUAAAUGCAAAAUUUUUACCAGAAUUGGCUAACAUAGCAAGCCCCAUAUCGCAACUUUUAUCUACAAAAUAUGAAUUUUGUUGGACAGAAAGGCAACAGGCGGCACUAGAAGCCAUAAAAAUCGCAUUAACUUCAGCACCGGUAUUAUCUCACUUUUCUCCUAACAGCAACACAAGAGUAGCAGCCGACGCAUCGUCAUUCGGUCUUGGAGCCGUACUGGAACAAGAGCAAAAAGAUGGCACUUGGAAACCCGUCUCCUAUGCAUCACGAAAAAUGUCCGAAACGGAAUCCAGAUACGCACAGAUAGAGAGAGAGGCACUAGCGGCUACAUGGGCCUGUGAGAAAUUUCAAAUGUACUUGCUAGGCAAACAUUUUAGUCUGCGCACAGACCACAAGCCGUUGGUCCAACUGUUGGGAACAAAGCCACUAUCGGAUUUGUCUGCACGGCUACAAAGGUUUAGAAUGCGCCUCAUGCAAUACUCUUAUAACGUCGAAUACAUUCCUGGAAAGAAAAUGAUCAUUGCCGAUAUGCUUUCUAGAGCGCCGAUAGAAUCGACCGAUCCCGGCAGCGACGCGCUUUUAAUCGAUGAAGUCGAAGCGUUUGCGCAACACAUAGGAGAAACUUUACCAUUUUCCGACGCUCGUCUACAAAGGAUUCGCGAAGCACAAGUCUCCGAUCCACAAACGAAGAGAGUGAGGGAAUACAUCGUCAAAGGCUGGCCCACGAAAAAACGUAUGACCCCAGAAGACCGAUCAUUUCACCAGUUUGAAGGUCAAAUGGCGAUACUGAACGAUCUACUAAUGCGAGGCAACAGAGUGUUCAUACCGAGAGACUACAGGUCAGAAAUCCUCGACCAAAUACACGUAGGACACCUGGGCAUAACGAAAUGCAAAAGUCGAGCAAAGGAGACGGUUUGGUGGCCUGGAAUAAACUCUCACAUUGAAGACAAGAUAAGCAACUGCAAUAUUUGCAUUGAGCACAGCACCCCACCAACCGAAAAAUUAAAACCGUCUGAGACACCAGAAUAUCCGUGGCAGAUGAUCGGGGCGGACUUGUGUAAAGUAGCGGGAAGAGCUUACAUAGUCGCAGUGGACUAUUGGUCAAGAUACCUGGAAGUAGCCAACAUGAAAUCCGAGACAGCGGAAGAAGCCAUAGCAAAACUAAGAACUUUCAUGGCAAGAUGGGGAAUUCCGGAAAUUCUAAGAACCGAUAACGGACCAUGCUUCCGGGGUAACAAAUUUAAAGACUUUGCUGAGAAAUAUGGAUUUCAGCACAUCACCAGCAGUCCGCUAUACCCCCAAUCAAACGGUCAAGCAGAAGCAGCCGUCAAAAUAGCCAAGAAAAUUUUAACGAAAUGCGAAGACCCAAAUCUAGGAUUGCUGAGCUACCGCACAGCGAAACUAAGCUGCGGAUUGUCACCAUCAGAGCUUAUAAUGGGCAGAACACCAAGGUCCAACGUACCAGCAAAUAAAAGCCUGUACAUACCGACAUGGUCAUACCUGCAAUCAUAUAAACGCAAAAGAGAGGUGGAAAAAGCAAAAUACGCGGCAGAUUUCAACAUUCGCCACAGAGCGCGGUCAGUCUCCCCACUUGGGAUCGGCAAACAAGUAUGGAUCACGAACGCAAAGAAAUAUGGCGUAGUCGUGAACAAGGGACCGGAACCCAGAACGUACAUAAUAGCAGCAGACAAUAAUGUCUACAGGAAAAAUAGAUCACACCUCAUAGGAGUCACGAACAUACCAAUUCAGCAACAAGAAGACCUAGAUAUAGAUCUACCAGAAGACUCCCAACAAAUAUCACGGGAAGAGGGGAAGGAGAUGAAAGAUGACAACAGAGGCCGAGAGAACGCAACCAUCGUCGAAACAGAAGCUGGAGAAGGUAGCCAAGCAGAAGAAAACGGAAGAGACCAACAACGCACAAUCGUUGCGGAAACGGAAGAGAGCGCGAGGCAGAAGGAAAAUGAGGCCACCGCACCAAGUCCUACAGAAAACGCGACCGCAGUAGGAGGGAAAAUAGAGGCCAAUACCAGGGCACAUCAAGAAAAGUCAAACGCGCACCACCAAUAUGUAACUCGUUCAGGGCGCCUAGUUAAACCGCCGCGAAAUAUAUGCAACUGCACCAGCGGGUGCAAUCACUAA